AUGUUAUUUAAAAUUACAUUUCUGCUAUGGUUUCUAAUUAAAGUUGAUGGUUUGAGUAUAGACAAAGUGAGUGGUAAACAAAAUGUGACUAAACGUGCAGUAAACAAUGGUGACUUUUAUCCGGAUUGGGUGCCUUUCAAAAAUAAACAUGGUGACGAACUCGGAGAGUUUGUUCAAGUGGAGACCAAAGCAAAACCUAAGAAAAGGUUAGCGUUACCCGUUAAUUUUAAACUGAAAGCUGUAGCUGAGCCUGAAGUAGAUGAUUAUUAUGACAAGGGACAAGGAGAUGGGGAUAGCGAUGAUGAAUUUGAAAAGAAAGAGUGGUCGGAUUUAAACAGAUCUGAAAAUCCUAUUAAUCCAGCAAAAUCUAUAAAUCAUACAGAUAUCUCCGAUAUAGAUGGAGUAGUGAAAAUAAUAACUAAAAUAAAACCUAAUAUUCUGGUGGAUACUAUUAAAAACCUUAUUAAAUCAAAAGAUGGAUCUCUCACCAUAGACAUGCCUGAUGAAGGACAAAAUGAAAAUGACAGUGAAAAAUCAUCAGAAGAUUUAAACACUGAGGAAGAUAGUGAGCCAGAAGGAAGUAAAGAAAAUCCUAUAAAGGUAAGUAAAGAUGAAAUAAAAAUAGCAUCUAUGAAUAACAAGAAUGAGGACAAUAAAGAAACCUUAAAAAAAGAAGAUAAAGAAUCACAUAAGUAUAAAGAUGAUGUUGAGUAUGAAGAUGGGGUUUCCGAAAAGUCUCAAAAAGAAUCUGCAUCGGAAGAUGAAAAGAGUGAGAAUGAAGCUCGAAAAGCAAUGAUUCUUAACAGUGUUGACGAGUUAAAAGCGCGUCACGAAAAAGAACAGAGAGCGAUAUCUGAAAAAGUAAAAGAAGAAGAAAUACACAUAGAAGAACAUGAAAGAAAUCGAAUACAGAAUAAAAAAGAAAUAGAUAAAUAUGGUAAUCGAAAACCGAAGUUAACAGAUUACGAUGAAUAUGACGAGAAAGAAACAUCAGAAAGCGAAGAGUAUACGACACCAACAAUUACUACAGUACGACCAAGACGAACCACUAAUAGGCGAAAAUCUAAAAAUGUAGAUAAUGGAAAACUAUCAGUGUUUAAAAAUCCUCGUGCUUAUAUGUCAUAUGACGACUCUGACGAACUUGUUAAAACUACAAUAAAACCGAAAACAACAACAAUCAAAUUAUCAACACGAAGCCGACCCAGAUUCUCUUCACGAUAUAGAGCACCAAUAGACAAUGAUGAAAGUGUUCGGAUAUCAUUAGUCCCCGAGGAAGUCAACUCAAAGGAACCGACGCUAUUCUUCCCUCAAAAGAAGAAGAAUAAGCGUAGGCGUAAACAGAAAACAUCUACCACUCCCAGUCCAGAUAAUUAUGUGGCAGAAACGGUAGGAAGUACUGCUAAGGAUGUAAUAACAACAUAUGACGAUACAGCAGCAUCAGAUACCGUUACUUCAUCUAUAGAUACAGCUCCUUCUGCUGUUGAAUCUGCGCCAUCAGCGAUAGAAUCUGCACCAUCAGCUGUAGAUUCAGCCCCAUCGACUAUUGAAUCUGCCCCAUCGGCUAUUGAUACAGUCUCUGUAAAGUCAGAUUCAGUAAAGGACGCAGUUCCAGCUUCAACUGACAAGAAAGAAGAACACAAGUCGGAAGAUUACGAACGAGAAUCAGGGGGUGGCCGUGAAUACAAAUCCAAUCAUUUUGAAGAACAUUCCGAACAUGGCAAGAAGGCAUAUGAGGGGGUCCAUGAAGAUACAAAAACCGCUAAAGGUCACCAUGACACAGAAGACCAUCUUGGCAAAUAUGACGACCACGCGGGCAUCGACAAGCACCACCUCGACGAAAAGAAUCACUAUGGUGCCCACCAUCAUGAAGAACAUGGAAAAAAACACGCUAAGUAUGAGGAGUCGGGCAAACAUUCCAAGGGGCACAGCACAAAAGGUAGCCACGACAUCCACAAGAAAGAAGAAUACGAGAAGAAAGUGGAGUUUUUCGAAGAGGAAGGGGAUUCCGCAGAAGAAGAGAAACAUGGCGGUUAUGCUAAAGAGAAGGAACACGCAACGGGUGGUCAUAUGAAACAUGGUAAACUCAACGCUGGUCAUCAGGAGCACUCUAAAGGUGACACCGGCCACUAUCAGAAAGGUGGUCACGGAUACAAGGAAAAGGGUCACAAAGUAGCUGAAGGUCAUGACAGCCACGGAAAGCACGGUCAUGCCCAAUUCCAAAAAGGUGGUAAGAACUCUGGCAAGAAAUGGGUGUACCACCACGGUUACCCUGCAAGGAAUGCCAAUCUGGUGGUGAUCGACCGAAGAGGCGACCAAUAUUACCACGGACCCCAAUACUAUGGAUAA